ACUUUGUCAAGUAGUCAGUGUUGUGUUUCACCAUUCUAUCCAAUGUAUUGUCAGUUUGGAAUGUUGUUAUUAGCCAAACAAUAUUAAGGUCAUUAUUAUUGGGAUGGUGCAGUAAUGUUGAGAUGCCAGUAGGAGGAGCUCUAGUCUAGAACACUGGAACCUUCAGUACCACUUUGAUGCAGAUAAUGAGGAGAGUAAAUCGAAUGGGUUUGUAGAAUAGAAUGAAUGACAUCAUGGAACUGACCAAAUGUAAAUGGAACUUUGACCUGUUCCAUGUAGAACUCAGAGGGUCAAGGCAACACAUUCUAAUAUAUUAUAAACAUUCCAUAUAGAACAGUCAACAUAUUGUUAACAUGGUUCUGUAUUUAAAUAAAAGCGGAAAUGGGUGACAUUUUGUCCAUUAUAGAAAUGUAGGACCCAUUUUAAUACAGUAACCUCCCUUCUCUGACAUGAUGUUCUGGUCGUCAUGCAUGUUAAUGUCUUAAAGAGGAAGAAAGGACUGUGUCAUCUACUUUAAAUAUGUAUCAACCACAGAACUGACACUUACUAGCAGUUGCCACACACUAUCAGUCAGUUGACUCACUGUACAAGACUCUCCCCUUCACUUCACUCUGUAAGUACUCUUGACAAUGUCUUGAAAUAUAGUUUUGGGUUAUUUGUUUUUAGUCAUAAGUCAUAUACUUGAGGGUAAUGUAUAAUUGUACUUGUUGUUAUGUUUUGAGCUGUGUUCUGGUUGUUACAUCAGGGUCAGUAUUCAUAAAGUGUGUCAGUGUAGGAGUGUUGAUCUACAUAGAGAUGAGAUGAUUAACCAGGGUAAAAAAAGACAUUCAAACCAAUAUUUAAACACUGCAGUGUGUGUGUACGUGUCCGCCCCCAUGGGUGUGAAUUACACAGUGGAUUUAUCUGAGGGCCCUUUAGGACCAGACUGAUAGGGAGUAGGGUUGACAUCUAUACUGUGUAGGAUGUGUGUUUUAACUUUUCUACAUCCAUAACAACCAGCUCUCUAGACUUUGAUACAGACUCCAUGGGCCUUAUGGGCCUUUACUACAGAUAGUGUCUGUAUUUGUGUGUGUGUGUGUGUGUGUGUGUGUGUGUGUGUGUGUGUGUGUCAGUCGCUGUUUAGCCUCACAGCUUGAGGAUAGUAGUUAUCAUUGAACCUGGUGGUCAUUCUUUAGGCUGCUGUACAGCUUGAUAGACCGUAGAGGAUUGAACAUUUAUCCUCCCAUAUUUGGGGUUCUGAGAAUAAAACAGCUUCAGAAUAAUCAAUAUAGAAAUGUGUGUUUACAGUAAUACUGUUGAUGUUGAAUAAGUUAUUGUUGUUGUUUAUAAUGAUGAUGAUGACAAUUGUAUAUAUUAGGAAUUUAUUUUUGCAUCAUGCCAGUUUAAGUAGAUAGACGUAGACAGACAUGCAACACAUCACACACAUUACAUACAUAGUGCAAUAGACUUACAGACAGACAGUAUUCACAUAGACAACCAUAUAGCACAAUACAACACAACACAAUAUGAGCCUGGUUCAUUUUCAGUAAUGAGGCCCUGUACUCCAUUUACAGUUUAUACUUCAAUGUAUCAGGUGGAGUUAUUCACCAGCUAUAGAGUUGUUGUUUAUGUUUCUAAGACUGCAGGGUGGGAGAUGCAACAAUGGCCUUGAGAACAGCAGGUAGUGUGUUGGUGGUCUUUCUCUGGUCUGUAGCAGGUGUUCUGGGACAAAAUACUGUGAAGAGUGUCUGUGCCUUAAAGGGGUCAUCAGUGGACAUGCGCUGUCCUGUUCCCAGUGUGACCCAAGUCACAGAGAUAGUCUGGUAUAACACACGGUUGAAUGAUAAGCCUUUUGAUCUGAGAUGGGACCCUAAGUUUGAUGGUCGUGUGGACUACCGUGGAACUACAGAGAAGGACUGCAUCCUGAGAAUCACAGACCUGAGACAGAGUGACAUAGCAACAUAUCACUUCAGAUAUAAAACAAACCAGUAUUCAGGAUGGAAAUAUUCAUAUGGAUUCACUCUCAGUCUCACAGAUCUAAAGGUGGAGAGGAUAUAUGACAACACACUGACCUGUAGCACCACCUGUACUCUGACUGACAACCCCACCUACAUCUGGUACAAGAACAGACAACAUCUAGAUGAGAGCACCUCCCCCCAGUACAGAGACCCAGUCUCCAGUAACUAUGACGAUAGUUUCUCCUGUGCUGUAAAAGGCCAUGAGGAUCUCCCCUCUCCUGCAGUGUGUGUUCAGGGUCACAACUGCUGGAGGGUGACUUACACCAAGAGGAGAAUCUGUGUCUUGAAGGGCUCCACAGUGAACAUAUCCUGCUCUUACACUCAUCCCACUAGUUAUAUAGAACAAGGUUCAUUCUGGUUUACACAGAAACACCCUGUAGAUGUCAGGUCAUAUCCAGAGUAUACAGGUCGUGUGGAGUACAAUAGGAACACAGAGAACCACCACACCAUGACAAUAACACACCUGACAGAGAAGGACUCGGCUGAAUACAUAUUCAGAUUAAUAACAACAAAAGAGGGGAGAUUUUCUGGCCUUCCUGGUCUGAUGUUGACUGUCACAGAUAUCCUGUUAGAGAUGGAUCCUACGUCUGUGUCAGAGGGGGAGAGAGUCACACUGAGAUGUAGAACCCAAUGUACAGUCGGUCUCAACCCCACCUACAUCUGGUACAAGAACAGACAAAGUCUGACCAACCCAGUCACCAGUUAUAACAGCCUGAUCCUAGACCCAGUCACCAGUUAUAACAGCCUGAUCCUAGACCCAGUCAGCAGUGAGGAUGCAGGGAACUACUCCUGUGCUGUAGAAGGCUUAGAGAGAAUCCUCUCUCCAGAAGAGACUCUCACUGUCAGAUACGGCCCAAAGAACACCUCAGUGUCAGUCAGUCCCUCUGGUGAAAUAGUGGAGGGCAGUUCAGUGACUCUGACCUGCAGCAGUGAUGCCAACCCACCUGUGGACAUAUACACCUGGUACAAGAAGAAUGGAGGUGGCUAUCAGAGUAUGACAGGACCACAGCAUGUCUUCAAACAAAUCCAGUCAUCUGACAGUGGAGAGUACCACUGUGAGGCCCAGAAUGAGAUGGGGACAGACAUGUCUAGGACCAUUAACAUGGAUGUGAAGUAUACUCCAAAGAACAACUCAGUGUCAGUCAGUCCCUCUCGUGAAAUAGUGGAGGGAGGUUCAGUGACUCUGACCUGCAGCAGUGAUGCCAACCCACCUGUGGACAAAUACACCUGGUACCAGAAGAACGUAACCUCACCAAAAGCAUCAGGACAGAGUUACAGCAUCACUAACAUCAUCUCUGAGGACAGAGGAGAAUAUUACUGUGAGGCUGAGAAUAAAUAUGGACGUCUCAACUCUUCUUCUGUGUCUGUGGACGUUCAGUACGGCCCAAAGAACACCUCAGUGUCAGUCAGUCCCUCUGGUGGAAUAGUGGAGGGCAGUUCAGUGACUCUGACCUGCAGCAGUGAUGCCAACCCACCUGUGGACAAAUACACCUGGUACUUUCAAAAUGAGACUUUUCUAAAUGGAUGUGGACAGAUGUACAACAUCAGUAACUUCAAGUCUAAGGACAGUGGACAUUACCACUGUGAGGCCUGGAAUAGAAGAGGAUCUAGGAACUCUACAGCUGUGAUGAUCAUUAUACCAGGGAAACAAACCUCAGUUCUGACUACAGCUGUAGGAAUCAUAGUGGUUGUUCUGGUUCUCAUCCUCUGUUUCUCUGGACUCAUGUGGUUCAGGAAGAAGGCCUCCAAAUCCACCUCUGACACAAGAGACACAUCAGAGAAUGUACAGGGAGACUCUAGUCCAGUGUAUGAAAACGUCUCAAGCAUGACCAUGGCCCCUACUGCAGCACAGACAGCAGCCACAGAUGACCAGGAUGAUGUUCACUACUCCAGCGUCCACUUCUCUCACUCCAAAAACCAGGAAGUGCCUCUGUACUCCACCGUCCAGCUGUGUAAACCCCAGAAACAGGAAGAGGAUGUCCAGUACGAUACUGUGAAAUUCAACCUCCCCAGUGCUGCCACCCGACCCACGGCAGCACAAGCAGCUGAGGAGGACUCUUCUGAGAUCUAUAGUAGAGUCAACAAACCCAGAAGACCUGAACACAACAAACCCAGAACCAAGAAGACCUGAACGCAACAAACCCAGAACCAAGAAGACCUGAAUGCAACAAACCCAGAACCAAGAAGACCUGAAUGCAACAAACCCAGAACCAAGAAUACCUGAACACAACAAACCCUGAACCAAGAGGACCUGAACACAACAAACCCUGAACCAAGAGGACCUGAACACAACCAACCCAGAACCAAGAGGACCUGAACACAACAAACCCAGAACCAAGAACUGAAAACAACAAACUCAGAACCAAGAAGACCUUGUAUAUCUGGACCCGUAUAUUAUAACUAGUGG